UGUUUGUUAUUUAGACUACACAAUAUUCGGCCAGCGCUGUCUGGAUGAUGCACAACUUGUACACUCCCGGGAUGGAGGAACCACGGAACGCAGAGGCUCUUGAAUGACAACAGUGCGGAAUCUCACGAUAUCAGGCAUAGUCGGUACGAAGGCGGUGUAAUAAUGACUCCACUAGGCUGAGGUAUGUCGUGUUUGUGCAUGCCGUUUUAUGUCUGACUGUGGUUGCUAUAUGACAGAAAUGGAUGCGGCUCUCUUAUCCAGUAUCGUCCACUUUAUCGUCCUCAGCGUAACCCCUGCCAUGGCUCUUAGAUGCUCUUUCCGAACUAGCCAAUCUGCUCACCCUUCACGCUAUCUGAUGUGCCUUCUACGUGGGUCCCCGAAGCUGAACUGCGCCUCCGAAUGUGAUCGCCAUUGUGUAUGUCCGCUCUCAAACCAUUUCCCAUGGUAGGUUCGCUAAGUGCAACUCUCAGGAAGCUAAUUUCGAACGCGAAUGCGGUGUACGUGGUAUCUUACGGCUAGGCGCAACACAAUUGCGUUGCACGUCACGUGCCUCCCCUUUAGCGUCCUCAUAAUCGCUCUAUCGAUGACUGCAGUUUAUUGUGCCAGAGCAGCAAUUGUCAUUAUGAUUCAGAGGUAACUAGGUCUCCCCAUCGAUUCUGGCGCCGUUCACUGACCUCCAAUUGAAGUGCAUUUUACGCAGCGGGUUGUCUCGUUGCUAUUGCCCACCAUUGUCACCUUCGACAUGCUGGCCACCUCCUGGGCUAUAUCUCUCCGUCUGAGAGCCCUUGCGGUAUACACACACAUCCAAAAUCUUCUCCUGUAUGCAAGAUGCCAACGUUCAUCCGGCUACCUCCUCCAGAGCUCCAGCCGACUCUCCGUCGUGACCCGGACUCGCUCUCUACCAACACUCCGUCGAUUUCGGAAUGGCCGAGCAGUCGAACCUCGAUGGCUAGCUCGAGCUCCUUCUUAAUGAACUACACGCCAAUCCCUCCAUCUGACAGCCAGUCCUACUUCGCGCCUCCAUUCGCAUCGCCCAGACACACCUGCGACAGAUGGCAGUCGUGGGUGGUAGAUGACUCCACAGAAGCCCUUCUUCCUUCGAGUCACGCAUCCUCGAGUCACGACCGCAACACUAGCAAAAGCACACGUCUUCGGUCUGGAACCGAGACAAGCGACGACAGCUGGCGCUCCGACCCAGACUGCGCGGUGUGCCGCAGCUCCGUCACCAUAAAGCGCGCUGUCACACGCGAGGACGUCAUCGACUCGUGGAUGCAGAAGCUGCCGUCGCGGAACACCGAGUGGGACGCGACGUCGCAGGCGUCUGGUGUUACGGUCAGCAGCGCUGGCACCGGUUUCUUCUCGAUCGAGGGCGCGGAGGACACGUCCGAGUGGUUCAUCCCAUUUCAUGGCCCAAACGUCGAGACAGGCCCGAACCCGUCCGGGCGGAAUAUGCAGGAGGAUGAUAGCUCGGAUAUGGAGAGGGAUAUCGCACUGGGGCCUAGGGAGCUGUCGGAAGGCAGGAUAGUCGAUGUCAGGGAGGUCAGAGAGUAUGCUUGCAGAGUAGAGGUGCCAAGGUCGAAAAGGACGCUGAGGAGGAAGGUCCUGAAGACGAUGCUACCGUGCUUCCCUGUACCCUAGAGCCCAUCAUCUACUACUUUACAUAGUACAGCGAUCAAACUGAAACGUCGUCCAUCGUAACUUUGUGGCGUGGCUGUGCUCGGACCUUGCACGAGUCGGCGCCUAGUCCUUAA